AGGAUCAGCAUGAUUAUGAUAGACAUUGAAAUGUCGGUCAGUCUGAGCGACUUGAUGACAAGACGGCUGGUGACGCAGAGUGCGUAAGGCGUGAAGUCUGAUCGCGUUAAGUCUGCGAAUGCCUUCUGAAGAAUAGAAAAUAUGGCGGCGCCAAACAGCUCUACUAUGAGUCUGCCUGCGGGCCCAGGUCUGCAGCGUCUCAAUUCUGACGAGUCAUUGCUGUUUUCCUACUCGUCACGCCCCAUUCCCUCCGACGAGCUCAUGGCCGCGAAGCCAGAGUAUUCCCGCAUAGUGUCACCAGCAGAGGCCCAACAAGAAGGAAGCCCGAAGCCGCCCCCGACGUUGGUGAGUGUGAAAGUCCUUAUUGACGAGUGCAAGAUUAUCACCCAGCACCAGGGCGAGAUGCUGCAGUUUAAGGCCGUCUUUUGCUUCCACUGGACGGAUGAGAGAUUCAAGAACUUCCCGCUCGACCAGCCGAUGCCUUCCGACGUGUGGCGACCUGAGAUUAUGAUGCAGGGGGAGAUUGCAUAUGAAGAAAGAAAUGAAGGAGACGACCCUGCCGACCUUCCACGACAAGGACAGACGCGAUGGCGUAUUGCAACUGGAACUCGAGUCCGAUUCCUGCACAGUAGAUCUCUUCCGCGAUGACCCGGAAGCGCUGAAGACGUUCCCGUUCGACAGCUUCCGCUUCGACUUCGGCGCGUGCCUCGCCGGAGAAAAGCGGUUGGAGAACCAGGACGACAUCCGUGUGCGGUUCGACAAGCAACACGCUGGGUACACGGACGACAAAACCAGCAACCCGGAUGAUUUCGUGUUUCGGCCGACGCCGCGGAGUGGGGAGUUCGUUGUGGAGAGGAUCAGUUACGGCAUGUCCCUCUGCGUUAUCAGCACACUGAGCAAGUGGAAAACGGCUUUGCCUAUCGGAUUCUUGUUGCCCUGCGGACCACUUUGA